AUGCCGAGCAAAGCUUCACCCCCGUAUCCGGCUUUCAAUCACUUGGGUACCCAAAUAAGGGACAAGUGGCGGCGCAUCGACGACAAAAUGCGCCACGGAACCGCACCUGCAAUGCGAUCAAGGAUUAUACAGAGUCGAGACAAAUUCGAGGCUUUUGUCAAAAACGUCGACCUUUAUCAUGCCAAUGAGCCCCAGCCCAUAGGGCAACCUAAGCGUAACCGUCUCCACGAAGCGGACGCUCGCACGCGCAGCGACAUCCUCAGCAUGCUGCAAGGUCUCGACACGAUACUGGCAACUGGGAUUUAUAUGUUCGGGGAUCUCGAGAGCCUAGAAACAACAGCCAGAACGGGUGCCUACUCACUGCCCUCAGGAGAUGGAACCAUAGCGGGGUGUCUCGUGGACUCGAUUGAGAAUGGAGUAAAAUGCAUGUGUGAAUACGCGUCUUGUUUCGAAACAAAUGAGUCAACGGGGGUUGCUAUACCCGUUGCUAUACCCGAAGAACGUGUCGAGCCUACCCGUAGCAGCCGGUCGUUGCGUGAGUGGCUCCGGGAUAUCAAACACCGGCGGCCCAGCUAA